GAUUGAGAUUCAAGUAUUUUGUGGAUAAAUCAAAUUUUUGUAUGUUUUUUUUUAGUUUCACAGAAUGACCCGAGGAUUCUUUUCAGUUAAACUUUGAGGCAGUUGCACAAAAACCUUAAAAACUAUGAUAACAUGAUUAUCAUCUAAAAUCAUGGAUCAGCUCACAAAUAUGGCCUUUGCCAGAAGUGUAAAUUGUUAGAGCACAUACUCAGUUACAUAUAGAAGGUUAAAAAUGCAGUCUAAAUAUAUCAGUGAACAGGGUACACAUUUACUGAUUGUGAAAAUGUUUGAAAUUGCAGGUUACGCCAUGUUUGCUGGAGGUCUGACAGUAGGCCUGUGCAAUCUAUUCUGUGGCAUCUGUGUAGGCAUUGUGGGAUCUGGUGCCGCACUUGCAGACGCACAAAAUGGAAGCCUCUUCGUGAAAAUUCUUAUCAUAGAAAUCUUUGGUUCAGCUAUAGGCCUAUUUGGUGUUAUUGUAGGCAUCUUGCAGGUAAGACUUGACUUGUUUUCCACAAGGAGUGCAACAUCUGAUAAUAAUAAUUUGGCUCACACUUUUUUAGAAAAGUUGAAAAGUCAUGGAAAUGAUUUCAAUAACAUAACUGC